CGCGAAUCAAGACGAAUUUUUUUUUUAAGUCAAUCGCGUUCAAGAAUUCCUUUUUCUUGAAUUUCUGUUCAUUCUUCAUGAAUUAAUUUGAAUUAUUAAAAAAAAUAUUUAAUAAAAAAUCAUCACUGACAAUAGAACAACGCAACAAUGAGUUCAUCACGUAGCAGUUUUUUGGCGCGUGAAUUAAAUAAUAAGUUAUCGCCACUAAUCAACAGCGGCAACAAGAGUCGCACCAUAAUUAAAAGUGAAAAUGCAACGCGACAACGAUCGACAGCGACAGCAGCUGCCUGCCCUCAUUUGGCAGAAAUCCAACCAUCAGCAGCUCACGAAGCAGCCCACAGCGAGGCUUGGGCCAAUGCGAGACCCUACAAAGAAAUUCCUGGACCGCGAGCUCUUCCGAUACUCGGAAAUACUUGGAGAUUCGCACCCAUCAUUGGCCAAUACAAAAUUUCCGAUGUUGCUGACAUGUCAUAUCAACUCUACAAAUAUUUCGGCAAAAUUGUCAGAGUCAGUGGCUUAAUUGGGCGUCCCGAUUUGUUGUUCAUUUACGACUUGGAUGAAACUGAAAAGGUUUAUCGUAAUGAAGGUCCAACUCCAUUCCGCCCAUCGAUGCCAUCUCUCGUGAAAUACAAAAGCGUUCUUCGCAAAGACUUCUUUGGCGAUCUUGGCGGCGUCGUUGGAGUACAUGGAGAACCUUGGCGCGAAUUUCGGUCACGAGUACAGAAGCCCGUGUUGCAAUUAUCGACAGUGCGUCGCUACGUAUCGCCAUUGGAGCAAGUAACGAACGACUUUAUGGAUCGCUGUGGCACUUUAUUAGACGCGAACAGCGAAUUGCCGGAUGAUUUCGACAACGAAGUGCACAAAUGGGCCUUGGAAUGCAUCGGAUUAGUCGCUCUCGAUACGAGAUUGGGUUGUUUGGAGCCAGAUUUGGGUCCCGAUUCGGAGCCCAUUCAGAUAAUUAAUGCGGCGAAAUAUGCUUUGCGGAAUGUGGCGACGUUGGAAUUGAAGGCGCCGUAUUGGAGAUACUUUCCGACGCCGUUGUGGACAAAAUAUGUGAAUAAUAUGGACUUUUUUGUGGAGGUUUGCUUGAAAUAUAUUCGAUCGGCGACAGCAAGGAUGGAAGCACGUGAAGGAUUAGCUUUGAAAGGAGAACCUUCGUUGUUGGAACGCGUCAUUCAAUCAGAGAAAAGUGAGAAAUUGGCUACAAUUAUGGCGUUGGAUAUGAUUUUAGUUGGAAUUGAUACCAUCUCCAUGGCUGUUUGUUCCAUUUUAUAUCAAAUCGCAACACGUCCCGCAGAGCAGGAAAAAAUUUAUCAAGAGCUCAAACGAGUCAUGCCCGACCCGAAUACCGAGCUAACGAUGCCCCUCAUCGAUAAAUGUCACUACAUGAAGGCUUUUAUCCGCGAAGUGCUCCGCGUGUACAGCACCGUCAUCGGAAACGGGCGUACCGUGAUGGAAGACACCGUAAUUUGCGGCUACAGGAUACCAAAAGGCGUUCAAUGCGUUUUUCCGACAAUCGUAACGGGAAAUAUGGAAGAAUAUGUCACAGAAGCGGGAAGUUUCAAGCCCGAGAGAUGGCUCAAAGGCAGCGAGGGCGGAUUCGAAGGCAAUUUACAUCCAUUUGCGUCACUUCCUUACGGAUACGGAGCGAGAAUGUGUCUCGGGCGACGAUUUGCUGACCUUGAAAUGCAGAUUUUGUUGGUGAAGUUGCUGCGAUCUCACAAACUCGAAUACAACCAUGAGCCAUUGAAAUACGCUGUGACCUUCAUGUACGCUCCCGAGGGCCCGCUGAAGUUCAAAAUGACAAAACGACCGGAAUAAACGUUUUUGCUGUUAUUUGUUGAAUUUUUUUUUGUAUUUUUUAUCCGACUGUAAAUAAAAAUUAAA